GUGGGCACAGUGAGUCAGAGCGUGUAUUUGAUUAAAGUGUUCCCAGACAAAGUGGAGUGUUUCAAAGCCAUGAACUGCCUCAGCUCAACCUGUGUCCCCUUGUCUAAAUAUAUCUUUAUGUGGACUUCAAGCGUUCAGUUGAAGGAAAUAUUCGAUAUGAGCCGUCAAGGUCUGAACUCUAUCCCGGAAGAAACGGCUCGUAUGAAAGUUUUGAAAUCACUAGAAAAAGGACAUAUUAUAUCUUGUCUUGUGAUCGUCAACCAGGCAUCUUCUCACUUGAUCUACCUUAGUCUACCCCUAUUGAUGACGAUUUUUGGAAACAGCAGGUAUUUGCCAACGAUACCUGGCGAAAUUUUAGGAUUUAGCGGUGCAGAAGAGAGUCCAUACUUCGAAAUAGCAUUUGCAUUAAUAUUCGUGGCGACGGCAUUUUCUGCCAUCAAUCAAACCGGAUAUAUCGUGUUGUUCGUCACCCUAUUAUCUCACGAGCUCGGCCACAUCUACGCAAUGACAGAAACCCUCAAUCAAAUUCAGAGGACAAUGUACGACGAUACAAUAACUAAAGUAGAUAAAGAAAAAUCAGUAGACGAAAAUCUUAGAUUUUAUGUUAAACAUCAUCAAUUUUUCAUGCGUUAUCACGCGAAAAUAAGAGGACUGUACAGGAUCAUAUUUGGAUUUCACUUCCUUUUGAUGACAAUUGUUCUAGUGACAACUCUUCAGACGUUAAAUGCAUGGAAUUUGAGUAAUACAAUAUUGACGGGUGUAACGGGGGUAUUACCCUUGUUCAUAUAUUGUUUCGGAGGAGAGCUGUUGUUCAGCGCUGAAGGCGAGAUGUCGAAGGCGGCGUACUCGUGCGGCUGGGAGCUGAUGGAAGCUAAACAAGCGAAGAUCGUAAGCUUCGUGUCGGCUCUGUCGCAGCGGCCGCUGUACCUCACCGCCGCUGAUGUUUUCAUUAUGAAUCGAGACACAUUCGGCAGAGUCGUACAAGUCGUUUACAAAAUUUACGCAGUUUUCAAUUAAUUUCCCUAAUUGAUUCUCGCUCUGUUAUGCAUUUUCAUUCGAUUUGAAGGCUGUUGAAAUAAGCACAUUGAAUCGUUGUUAUUGCUUUUUAAUCAAAUCGUACCUACCUAAUUUUUUUCUUUAAUACAUAUUGCAUUAUAUUAUUAAUUUUUUUACACUAGAUGGCCUAGUAAGAAUAAAUAAUAACUUAAAAUAUGAAAAAGAUAUAACUUAUCGAAUUGAGAGUUUUCCGUUGCACACGUUUAGAAGUUAAAGAAAUACAAGCUCAAAUAUACA